GGAAAUGAUGUAAGAGAUAGAGAAGCCAUUUCCUGACUGCACUACGCUAACUUCAGAAGGGCAGGAAAAAUACCACAAAAACCCAUUUUCAGUCAAUAAUUUGUCAUUUUCAAAAGACAGUUAUCAUAAAUUCAUAUGAACAAGACGGUCUCAAUCUAAAGUUACAGAGAAGCACUGGGACAAUGGCAGCAGACUGGUUGGGCAGUCUUGUAUCUAUUAACUGUGGUCCAACACUCGGAGUGUACCAGGGAGAAGUGUCCUCGGUCGACCAGUCCAGCCAAACCAUCUCUCUCCGGCAGCCUUUUCACAAUGGAGUUAAGUGUCCUGUUCCGGAGGUCACGUUCAGUGCCAUGGAUAUCAAGGACCUUAAGAUCCUGAAUAUCCACCCCGGCAGCAGUGGAAAUGGCAUCACCUUGGCCGGCUCUGGCGGGUUUGCUGGGCUUGGUGGGCGCAGUGGUGGCGGAGGUAGGGCCGGAGGCGCCCUGGUUGGUAGCACCCCUUUGGUGGUGCCCGGCCUUGUGGAGCAGAGGGCGGGGGAGGGGCACGGGUCCCCCCAGCAACCCUGCUCCAAGAGCUACGGCGAGAGACACAUGGACAUGGCCGGCCAGACCAAAGGCUUCCGCCGCAGACACAACUCCUGGUCGUCCAGCAGCCGGGGAGGGAACCAGGCCACACCAAAGAAGAACGGGCUGAAGAACGGCGGUGGCCAGAUGAAGAACAAAGACGACGAGUGUUUCGGGGACGGGAUGGACGACGGCUUAGACGAGGACUUUGACUUUGAGGGCAACCUGGCGCUGUUCGACAAGGCAGCGGUCUUCUCCCAGAUCGAUACGUCACGAUCGCGAGGCACGCCGGAGAAACAGGCACCAGUGCGGUACCGGCAUGACGAGAACAUUCUGGAAGCUAAACCCGUCACUUACCGGCAGAUAGCAGUGCCCCAGCCUGGUGCCAAAGAGUACUGUACAGACUCUGGGCUCGUGGUGCCCAGCAUCACGUACGAGCUGCACAAGCGCCUGCUGAGCGUGGCGGAGAGGCACGGCCUUUCCCUGGAGCGCCGGCUCGAGAUGACCGGGGUCUGCGCCAGCCAGAUGACCCUCACACUGCUGGGAGGACCAAACAGGCUGACCCCUAAGAACGUGCACCAGCGUCCAACGGUGGUGCUGCUAUGCGGGCCCCACGUGCAGGGUGCUCAGGGCGUCAGCUGCGGCCGCCACCUGGCCAAUCAUGAGGUGGAGGUCAUCCUCUUCCUGCCCAACUUCGUCAAGAUGCUGGAGGCCAUCACCAGUGAGCUCUCGCUUUUCUCCAAGACGGGAGGGAAGCAGGUGUCCAGUAUCAAAGAUCUGCCUGCCAGCCCAGUGGACCUGGUGAUCAACUGCCUGGACAGCCACGAGAACGGCUUCCUGCGAGACCAGCCCUGGUAUCGUGCUGCGGCCGACUGGGCCAACCAGAACCGGGCGCCGGUGUUGAGCAUCGACCCGCCAGUGAGUGGGCAGGAGGCGGCGGUCGAGGCCAAGUGGUCACUGUCUCUCGGGCUGCCGCUGCCGCUGUCUGAGAGCGUUGGACGCGUCUACCUGUGCGACAUCGGGGUGCCCAAACAGGUGUUCCAGGAGGUGGGCAUCAAGUACCACUCCCCGUUCGGCUGCAAGUUCGUCAUCCCGCUGCACUCACCGUAGCCAUGGCGCCCGGCUGACCACACCUGAACUCUCACCUCUGACCUCUGUCUGUGGGGUCGGGGGGCAUAGAGCCAGAGUUGAGCCUUAACUGCCUGACCGUCUAGAGUGUAGAGCUGCUUGCUUAGUGGCAGAUAGAUGAUGGAUAGAUGGAUGAAUGUGUGAGUGAAUGAAUGCAGUACAGAGUAUAUUUCUUUCUCAUCCUCUUUCAUGUGCGCAACCUUACUGCGCCAUGCUGUACUGAAAAGAGAAAAUGAAUGAUUUAGUAUUCCGAAGAACAAUCUUUUUUCCAUUUUUGUUCUUGGUUUGUUUAUGGAGGAGUUUGUUCACCUCGGAGAGUUUAUCUGGAGAGUGCCAGCUCCUCUGGUGCGGAGAAAAGGGGACACAAACACCUGCUUCAUCUUUUUAGCGUGAUGUUUACAGAGUGAAACGCCUGACCUGGUGUGUGUGUGUGAGAGAAUGUGUGUGUGUGUGUGUGUGUGUCAAUGUGUGCGUGCAUGUGUGUGGCCGGUUUAUUUGCCUGCCUGUGAGGCAGCUCUUAAGGUCUGUGUUUUCCUCUUUUUUUUUUUUUUUUUUUUGCAAAUCGUGCUAACAACAAUCACACUGAGAUUUAUGUAGAGAAAAGUUCAGGGCCCAUCCUGUUGCCCGAGCUUCCUCUCGUCUGCUGAGCAUUUGAGAUGUGCGGUCGCUCCGUGCUCGUGUUGAUGCUGUCCUGCUGUUCGCUCAUGCUGUGAGGCUGCUCGUGCUCACCAGCGCCUCAGUGUUUUGUAGCUCCGCUCACUGUCACUGUUUAGUUGGCCCAUCUGCUGGAAUUUAACACAGUCUGGGCAUUAACACCCAAGGGAGAACUUGUCAUUAAAGGGACCUGGACUGGACAAAGGCUGGUCUGUAUCAGCGCUGCUCUCAUCAGCACCCCAGGGAGAGCCUUACCUCCCCCGUCGUUUAAGGGACCUGGACCAGACUGGACUGGACCGCACCCAGCUGGCCCGUAUCAGCGCAGCUCUGAUUGGCUGGAGAGAGAAUUCAGCAUCAGUGGAGGAGCAGUCCUAGCAGGAGGAAAACGGGAGCGACCUGCAGCGCAGACCCUAAAGCCCGACCUCGCCCUUCCUCGCAGGGCCAGGAGGUCACCCAGAGGUCAGGGGUCAGUCCAGAACUGCACCCGAGGGGUCAGGAGUGACCAGAACUGCACCCGAGAGGUUCAAGAGUGACCGGUCCCUGAAGUGAAGCUAACUAGCAGAUGUAGAGGGAGCGCAGUAUUGCAGCUCUCAUUUCUGUCCAGUCUGUUGUCUGCUGGUCAAACAGAAAGAUGUAAAGUGUAUUUCGACUCCUGCUCACUUCUCUGGGUCUAAACGUGGUCACUUCUCGAACAAGGUCACUUCUCUGGGUCUAAACAUGAAGCGGAGACUGAACCCAGAGCCCAGUAGAACUCGUUAGACACUCUGAACCUAGAGUCCAGCUGAACUCGUUAGACAGUGACUGGACCGAUAGUCUACUAAAUUAACUCAAUUUCAGUAUCAAGAGGGAUUGUUGUUUACAUUUUUUUGACCUGAAGCUAAUGCUGUAUUUAAUGACUAUUUUGGCAUCAGCUUUCCUAAGUAGAGUGUUUAGGAGCUUUGUUCAUUUUAAUGCACUGCCUUUGGUGUUUGGCGUGGUCACUUUGACUCUCAUGGUUGUGACCAUGAUGGUGUGUGUAUUGAGGCCAGGUGUGUGUAUUGAGGCCAGGUGUGUAUUUAAACUUCCAGGUGGGCUCCUCAGCGGGGCAGGUUCCGUGCUCCUCCCAGGGGUAUCUACCCGAUGGCUGCCUGGGGUAUCUACACGGUGCCUGGCAGGUUGGAAGCUGGUGGCUGUUGAGUUUUAUUUGCAGUCAGAUGCGGAGCUGCUUAAUGGGGAUCACAGUAGUGUGACUUUAGGUGGCCUAAGCCCAGUAGUCUGGUGGUGGUGAUGGUGGAGCUUGGAUAGCUUUGGUCAUCACCAUUUCUUUUGUGGGCUAUUCUUCUGUAUGUGGCUCUAUGCGUUUGUCUCUGCUUCUCUCCCUCUCGCGCUCUCUCUCUCUUUCUUUCUUUCUUUCUUUCUUUCUUUCUUUCUUUCUUUCUUUCUUUCUUUCUUUCUUUCUUUCUUUCUUUCUUUCUUUCUCUCUUUCUCUCUUUCUGUCUCUGCGCAUCUGUCGAUUUAAACUUUCUUGAAUUGAAAGAUGCAGUUCUAGAGUUCAAGUUGCUUGUUGUCUGUCUCUUCUAUUGUGUGUUGUGUGUGUGUCUAUGUGUAUGCGCUUUGUCAGAUUAGGUAACGGAAUCUUGUGAAAUUGGACUUCGCACCUAACUGGGACUUUGACUUGAUCAAGGCAAUGAAAUUGCGGCGAUCUCUGAUUGGUCUGAUUGGAAGUCAGCAUCUUACUUCUGUUGAGAGUUUUUUUUCAAUUGUAGAUUUCUAUGUGAAAUCUGAAUCAUUUGAUUAGAAGGUCCUGUGGAGACCUGUUAUUUAAGAGGCUUUGAGGCUGUAAAGUGUUCAGAGUAAAGGCCUGACCACACCCUGUGUGUGUCACAGAGGGACAGUCUCCCGUACUUGCACCAAGCUUUACUGGAGCGCCAGGACUGGUGCUAGCGUGGGCCCUUAGCUCUACUGGAGCGCCAGAACUGGUGCUAGCAUGGGCCCUUAGCUCUACUGCAGCGCCAGGACUGAUGCUAGCGUGGGCCCUUAGCUCUACUGCAGCGCCAGGACUGAUGCUAGCAUGGGCCCUUAGCUCUACUGGACCGCCAGGAUUGGUGCUAGCGUGGCCCCUUAGCUCUACUGGAGCGGCAGGACUUAACACCACAGUGAGCACACUCCUCAACUACACCACCGCUACCCAUUUAACCAAACCAGUGGCCUGAUCACGGCACCCAGCGAAGGAAAUUAACAUUAAUGUGGUCAAUUAUGUUUAUCUACACACACACACACACACACACACACAUACACCCUCCAUUUUCAUAUUUUCUAAGAUUUGUCUAUAAUGCGUAACUUAAAUGCAACUGUUGACACACCAUGGAAGCCCAAUCGUAGAUGAUAUAUAAAUGUAUGUGUGUGUGUAUAUAUAUAUAUAUAUAUAUAUAUAUAUAUAUAUAUGUAUGUCUGCAUUAGCUCUAUGGUGGGUCUGCAUUUCAUAAUUAUGGAUAUAUAUACUUAAAAUAUUAGAUGAUUUAAAAGUGUAUGGGGGUGCAUAGAAAACAUAUUUACAGAUGAUUGGUUUCUAACAUCAUGAUGCAGCAUUCCUUUACUUUUGAGCAAGUUAUCGUGAGCAAAUAUAUGUAUCUGUGCGACGGGAAGAGCUGUACGUAUACAGAUGAUUGUAGCAAAAAGAAAAAUGUGAAACAUUCAGGUCAAAACUUUACUGAUACAUUACAGCAUCCAGUUUGUGUCUGCGAAAGUGAUUGUUGUCAUUGGCCACUAGGUGGCAUCAUAUCCAUAGUUAAACAUUCAAUCCAAAUGCAACGGCGUAUCCUGGUAAACCCGCCUAAAUAUUCUUUUUUUUAUAUAUAUAUACAGUAAUUGUUCACGAAAGACAGAAUGUUGCAUUUGAUUCAGCCUAUUUUUUGUUUGUUAAUUUACACACUCUGGAUCAUUCAGCCUGCUUUCUGGUUUGUUUUUCCUGACAUUUUGACAUUAGUUAUUAUGAUCAUUGUUCUUGUGAUAAUAAUACGUUUUCAGGCACGUCUAUUUCAAAUUAUCUGUUCCUUGUUUGUUUCAUUGUGUUCAGAGGACCAGUGGAAACACACACACACACACACACACACACACACACACACACAGAGAGAGCAUCUGAAACGUCAGAACGGUCUGAUGCAUUUCACCACCAAUGUUAUGUCGAAAUGGGGAGAAAUAAAAAAGUUGAGAAAUGAA